AUGGCAGCCAACAGCUCCAAUGGGAUGCAUGAUGCUCUGCCGGACAACAGCCUUGCCGGCACUGAUGACCUCGUUUCUGACUGGUACAUCUAUGAAACCGUGGAGCCAGCCAUGCCACAAGAUGACAUGUUUCCCAGUGUAAUCCCAGACUGCGACCCCACCGUUUCUCCCAGGCUGUAUCACAUCUGCAUGGCACCCAUCUCCCUGGCUGUACUCAUGGGCUUGUCCUUGCUGGUGAAACGCAGGCGUCUCCACCGGAGCUGCUGGAACGGCGUCCCAGGACUGCUCAGCCCAGCCAACUUUCUGGAAGAGGAAGGCAACCGAGGGCUGGUGGCUGCCGUGUUCGGCAUCCUGUUCUCCUCCCUGUGCGUGCUGGUCUUGGACAAGGACCCUCUGCCGCUCAUCUCCCACUCCUCCCAGAGCACUCGGGAGUACUGGAAGAUCCUGGCUUUGCUCUACUAUCCUGCCUUCUACUACCCCCUGAUCGCCUGUGCCACCGUCCGUCACAGGGUCAGCUACCUUGUGGGCUGCCUGCUCUCCUGGUGCCACUGCGUGGUCCAUAUCUGGCAGAAGGUGGAUUGUCCCCAGUCGCCGAAGAUAUACAGGUACUACUCCACGCUUUCUUACGUCCCCAUCAUCCUCUGCCUUGUGCUCUUAAGCCUUUGGUAUCCAGCCCUGCUCAUCAGGAGUUUCACCGGGCAGGAGGAGACCUUGGAUAAGGAGGUUACAGGGCGAGGUUAUUACAAGAAGUACCUAAAGGCUGUCCUGUCCAAACGCCCUCGGAAGGGGGGGAGCUCCACGAAGAUAGAAGAGAACCUCCUAUCAAGGGUCCAGGUGUAUUUACGCUCCUACAUCUACACUCCUGAGGAAGGAUUCCGGAUCCCCCUGAAGCUUGUCCUGUCCAUAACCAUGGCUGUGAUCGCUGUCUACCAGGUGGCCCUGCUGCUCCUGGUAGCCGUUGUCCCCACCAUCCAGAUCGUGCGGGCAGGAAUGACGAAGGACAUUGUGGUGCUGUUGGUCCAGUUUGGCUUGGUGCCCUCAGAGAGCCCAGCUGUGCCAGGUGACAUGGAGAAGGAGCUCAACACUGUCAAGUACUACCUCUGGUCACUGGAAGUCUGCUACAUCUGCUCGCUGGUGCUGUGCUGCCUGCUGACCUGCGCCAUGCUCCUGAGGACGCUGGUGAUGCACAGGAACAACCUGAAGGCGCUCUACCAAGGUGCUGUGCUGGACGUUUUCUAUAAAGCCCAUAUCCUUCGCCCGUCCCGACAAGCCAUCGUCUGCUGGAUGAGCUUUGCCGCCUUCCAGACUGCUUUUGCCUGCCUGGGUCUCCUCAUCCAGCAAGUGAUUUUCUUCAUCUGCUCAGUGGGGUUUACCUUCUUCGUCGUCAUCCCGCUCCAGUCUGGCACAAACAUGCAUCUCUUCAAAAUCAUUCAGAACAUGUGGCCCUUCUGGUUGACCCUGGUUGUUGCCAUCAUUGUGCAAAAUUUGGCAGCUCACUAUCAAUUUCUGGAGCAGCAUCCCCUCCGGAAGGAGCUCACCAACAGGCGAGCUCUCUACAUAGUCACCUACCUGUUCUUCCCCAUCAAUGUCCUGGUGGGCUUCCUGGCUGGGGUGUGGGGUGUGGAGACCUUUGACCCAGGCUACCACACUUACUGCCACUAUCUGAAAAUCGAGGUCAGCCAGUCCCACCCGGUGAUGAAAGCUUUUUGCUUGCUGCUCCUCCAGCUAGCCAGGCCAGAGGGGCUGCCGGGGCUCCGGGCCAGCAAUGUGGAAGAAGGCAUCCAGCUGAUGCAGCCCAAGAAGGCACCUCUGAGCAGAGCCAGGUUCAAGCAGAGCCGAGCCCGCUGGUGGCUGGCCUACACACUCCUCAACAACCCCUCACUGACUGCUUGCCGGAAAACUGCCCUCUCUGACCCCACAGCCAAUGGAACCCAGCUCAGCACCACCAAGCCCUGA